UAUUCACAUUUUGCCAAAUGAGAGAGAGAUGCAACUUCCACCUUCAUGCUUAGCUGGUCCUGAGUCAUGCAUGAGUCAUAAUGAAAUCAAAUAUAUAUGGUCAGUGGCCACAUUGGAGCAGCUAUAUAUGAAAUAUGCACUCUACAUGUACAGCAAGAAAUGUGUUCAAAGUUCAAACUACUCAUAAGCUUUGAUCAGUAACUAAUGGCUCCUCCCAAUUUCUUUUCCUUUGUUGCUCUAAUAACUUCAUCAUUGCUUUACAUUUCUGCGUCUUGUUCUUCUGUUGUGGAUCAUGGCAUCAAUGUUCCAUCUGCUCUAGAAUCCGAGAAGGCUAUAUUGGCUCCUAGUGACUAUAAGAAAGUUAGUCUGACACUUCACUAUGAAAGUUUGAACCUAGAUUCUGCGCUUUUCCUAGUAAGAGAUCUUAAAGGGGUUUUUGAUAACAAUCUCAUCACUAUUCUUAAACUCAGACCGGUUCCUUGGGGUAAAGCACAUUCCAACCAGUCUAACAAUGCCAUUUUGUGCCAGAAUGGCCCAGAUGAAUGCUACUUGAACACUAUACAAGCCUGUGGAAUCGACGUCUGGAGAGUUGUGGACAAGCAUUUCGGUUUUAUUUACUGCAUAGAAUUUCUGGUCAUAGAGGGAAAGCAGGAGUGGCAAACUUGCUUCAGUACAUGGGGAUUGCCUCAAAAACCGAUCAUGGAUUGCUAGUUUGCUACAAUAGUGGAGAUGGAAAAAAGGUUACUUUGAUUUCAUAGUGAUGUGUAGUCAUUUAUAUAAGAGUUCAUG